AUGGGAAGAUUCGUUAAACCAAAGCAACUGAGAGAAGUAUUUGAAAUAUUAUUUAAAACAACUGUAAAAGAAGUUGAAAUACCAUUAGAUAUAGCAGAUCAUUCGCUUGGUAUUGCUUUUCUCGCCUUUGAACAAUCAGAAAUAAAAAGCAAAUUACUUGAUUUACAAAAACAACAUCAUUAUAUUUUCCUACGAAGUGAAUUGUGGAAUGGUCCACAAAUCAUCAAGCCUUAUCCAUUUUUAAACAGUUAUACAGAGGAAGAAGAAGAAAAUCUUGAGAUUCUCAUGGCGAUGAACGAUUCCGUUCAUCAUUUGGCAUAA